AUGGUGCCGGCGGGGCCGCCGGGCGGGCCGAGCCGCCGGGCGGGGGGCGGGCGGGGCUUGGCGCUCGCCGCCGAGGCGGAGCGGCCCCACGGGUGCGAGCAGUGCGGGAAGGCCUUCGCGCAGGCCGGCGCCCUGGCCAAGCACCGCCGGGUCCACACCGGGGAGAAACCCUACCGCUGCCCCGUCUGCGCCAAGGCCUUCGCCCUCUCCUCGGGGCUGGUCCUCCACAAGCGCACCCACACCGGGGAGCGGCCCCACGCCUGCCCGCUCUGCGGCAAGGCCUUCAUCUCCUCCUCGCACCUCGCCCUCCACCUCCGCUCCCACACGGGCGAGCGCAAGUACCAGUGCCCCGUCUGCGGGAAGCUCUUCCUCCAGUCCUCCCACCUGGUGCGCCACAAGGCCAUCCACACUGGCGAGAGGCCCUUCAAGUGCGAGGACUGCGGCAAGCUCUUCGGGCGCGCCUCGCACCUCGCGACCCACCGCCGCGUCCACACGGGCGAGAGGCCUUUCAAGUGCCUGCAGUGCGAGAAGGCCUUCACGCAGAAGGCCGGGCUGGUCCUCCACGUCCGCCUGCACACCGGGGAACGGCCCUACAAGUGCGACAAGUGCGGGAAGAACUUCCGCUCCUCCGCCCACCUCGUGUCGCACCAGCUUCUCGAGUCGGGCGAGAGGAACUUCAAGUGCUCCACCUGCGGGAAGGCCUUCAAGCAGGCGUCGUCCCUCAAGCAGCACCUGAAGACCCACGAGGUGCGCGAGCCUCACCACUGCUCAGUCUGCAGCCGAGCCUUUUCCAGGUCCUCUUACCUCCAGCUUCACAUGAGAACACACAGUGGAGAGCGGCCGUACCACUGUUUGGUUUGCAACCGGACAUAUGCCAAAAUUUCUACCUUUGAAAAACAUUGUAAAAAGCACCAGCAGGAGGAGGAGAGGCCUGAUGCUAGACCCAGGCCAAUGACCACCAGGGCAAAAGCACUAGCUGAAAAGAAAAAGCAGGAGCAGAAACAGCAGCACCGAGAUGACAGCCUCGAGCGACCUCACUAGGCUGACCCCAAGCAGCGGCAGCAGCGGCAGCAGGAGGCGGAAAGGCUGUAAAAGUCACUAAAACAAGAACUGUUGCUGGCCCUCCGCAACGUGGCUCACAGGAGUUUCCUGCUCUGUCAGCUGCCUUCCCCCUGCAAUUGGAAGUCCACACUGUUCGGGAUGCAGGAUGAACUCAGACUUUGUACAGUAAAAUCCAGUGUCGAGAAUAUUUCAGAAUGGAAAAACUGAAAAUGUGCUCUAAUGCCCUGACUGUUGCAGUACACUUAAUGUACAGAGGGAGCAGGAAUGUGCUUCCGUGUCACUAGACUGCCAGGAUGGAGGAGCACCUCUCAGUGCCGUCACAGCUUGCAGCACAGAGUUCUGAACGCGCGGGAGACGCGGCCCAGCGGUGCAGUGCUUUGUUUACGCAAUUGCUUUACUCCAUCCAACAAGCACAUGAACUCUGCUAUUGAAUGAUUCAGCCUGAAUGUGCGUCCCAUCAACAGUUAACAAGAUGAAGAAAUUUUUUGUAGAUGUGCUAAUUGCAAUAAUCAGCACUCCCAGUAAGAUUAGCUCUUACGUGGAAGAACUUUUUUGUGGGCGUCUGUAAGUGCUCUUCCAGUGCUGGUAGUUUUGUGUCUGAUCCAGAGAGAGGGUUCCCUUUCACAGAUGCGCUUCGCCUAUAAUUGUCUGGGGAGAGAGUAGAAGUGCAGAUUCUAAUCUCCAGAGCAAAAAGUAAUGGCAGCAUUUUAAAUUAUGAAAAUGUAAUUCAGCAGAGCUACAAUACAGCAUGU